UUCAAGUGUGAUCCGCAGACUCUUCUUACUCAGAACUCCCGCUGCCCACCAAGACAUUUUCUGAACCAAAACAAGAAAUCGCCGACGAAUUACAUAAGUGUAUUCCAGAUUUUCAAACCGCGAAMAGAUUGAGAGUCAGAUCGCUUGAUAAAAUCAAAUGUAGCCACCUACAGUGGCUGUGCAGAUCUCGGUUAAAAAUCAUUCUGACGCCAGUUGAUUUGUAACGAAGGUAGACACAGAUGAAGAGAUUGUGAUAUACCUGCAACACGGCAAAUCUACAAGCACUAGGGAUGCCUCUCUUCGGUAAAAAGAAGUUCGACGAUAAAAUCACGAAAAAGUAUGAAUUAGGAGAGGUUCUAGGAUCAGGUGCUUUCUCUGAAGUUAUCUUCGCCUCGGAGAAAGAAACGGGCAAGCAGUAUGCCAUUAAAUGCAUCGCCAAGAAGGACAUCAAGGGAAAAGAGGAAGGAGUUGAGAACGAGAUCGCUAUCCUCAAGAAGGUAUCACACAAGAAUAUUAUUGGACUGAGAGACAUCGUAGACAACAAAUCUCAUCUCUAUUUAGUCAUGGAUUUAGUACAAGGUGGAGAACUGUUUGACAGAAUUGUAGAGAAGGGUAGCUAUACAGAGCAAGAUGCCAGCCAACUUAUCCAACAAAUUCUAGAAGCAGCUGACUAUCUUCACUCAUUGGGCAUUGUACAUAGAGAUUUAAAGCCUGAAAAUUUGUUAUAUUACAGUCCUGAUGAAGAUUCUAAAAUUAUGAUCAGUGAUUUUGGUUUAUCAAAGAUGGAAGGCCAGGAUGGAAUGGCUACAGCAUGUGGUACACCAGGUUAUGUCGCACCUGAAGUCCUUCGACAAGAGGUUUAUGGUAAAGCAGUGGACUGUUGGUCUAUAGGAGUAAUAUGUUAUAUCCUGUUAUGUGGCUAUCCGCCUUUCUACGAUGAAAGUGACGCUAACCUUUUUGCUCAAAUUAUGAGAGGGGAAUAUGAAUUUGAUGCACCCUAUUGGGAUGAAAUUUCAGAAUCAGCUAAAGAUUUCAUUAGACAUCUAAUGGAAGUAGAUCCUAAAAAGAGAUACACAUGCAAACAGUCCCUAGCUCACCCUUGGAUAUCUGGAGGUACAGCUCUCACCAAAGACAUCCAUGCGUCAGUCAGUGAACAAAUCAARAAAAAUUUCUAUAAGCAAAAAUGGAAGCAAGCAUUCAAUGCCGCUACAGCGAUAGGCCGAAUGAGAGCUCUUGGACUUGGUAAACAAGACAACAACAACCAAAAGCCAAACUAGAAAAACACCACUCUGUCUCCUUUUGAAGACGUUAGACAAACUUUUUAAAAUGCUGUCAUAAUGGAUGUUGCUUGACAAUUGUAGCCAUUUUUGAUAAAAAAAUGGUUUUUAGGACAUCAGUGAUAACUCAUUGAUAUGUAUGCUGUGACUGGACUUAACUGCACAAGUUAAGAAGAUGAUUUUAAAUGAAAUGGUGGACAGAGGUUUUGGAUAGAAGAUAAUAGGAUAUAUCCUAUAGUAAGAUACUUUGAUAAUUAUUAACUCUAUACACAAUAUAGGAUCUCAAUGGGCACAAUCUUUGGAUUUUCAGAGCAGAUUUUUUCCAAGUGUGCGAAUUUCUAACUAUGACCAUGCUAAAUGUAAUGACCUUGCUGAUUAUAUCCCUGAAUUUUCACUUCCGUCACUUCCGUAUAGAAUCUGCUCUUCUCUCCUGGUGUCACUCUUUUAUUAACUCUUCACCCUAUGGUUGGGCUUCCUGUCCCACUCAGUGAGUGAUGGGAUCAAAUUCCCUGUGCUCAGCCCAGGGAAUUUCACAGUGGUCUCAGUUUUUCUUGUUGAGAAGGGAAAAACCUUAUGGAGAUUUUGAAGUAACCACACUUCCUUUUGAACAUCAUUCUUAUAACAUGCACACACAAGAAUAACUCACAAGUGAAUGCAAAAAAACUAUUUUUUCCACAAUUUUGAGCAAACUAUUUCACCAAUACAGUGAAUGCAUCCAAUACACGUUUACGACAUAAACCGGAAGUAACUUAGGAAUUGAAAAAUAUUCUUUUUGAAUUUAACAAGAAGCAAGAAAAUGUACUUUAGCUACAGACAAGGAAUUUUUCUUGAAUCUAGUAGGUGAUAUUUGCCAUCUAAACUCCUUCAGGGCCCUUAGGCCUCGUUUCCAUCCCUUUGUUUUCUAUUGUUUUCAAUUCACUUCCGGCUUACGUCRUAAGCAUCUAUUGCAGUAAGUUUGGGUCUUUUGUUGAGACCAGUUGAUUAUUCUGUUGCAUGUAUUCGCAUUCUGAUCCCUGAUGGCAUAGUGUCACAGAUCCUUGAUCCCAUAUACCAUAUCAGGACCCUGCUUUCAAUUUUUAUUUUCUCUAAUUUUAGAGGCUUUUAAUGGAUAGGAGAUGGGUAGAGCAACAUAAUGAAAUCGAAACUGAACAGUUUAGCAUUGAAGUCAAUAUUUAUGACUAUUCCUUCAAUUCAAGUUUGGCAUCGUUAAACAUGUUUGAAGGUCAACUCAUUGAGAUCCUACCACCGAUAUGUUGAGAAGUAAAUAAUAUUCAAUUCUAAGUAGACUUUGAUUGUUUUACCCGCUUUCAUAAUGAAAUGAAUAUAAUAACCAUAUAAAUAUAUAUAAGCUUUGAUCUUAAGAUUUGUUWAUAUUUUUGUAAAGUAGUUGGUUUUUCUUAUUAAUUAUUUGUUCAAACAUGUAUUGUGUAGACAUUUUA